UUUCCUUUUAGCAAAGAUAAGCACAGAGGAGAAACCUUGGUAGAUCUGACUAGCUAACACCACAGCCAUGGCAACCCAUCAACCUCUAUUAGAGAACCCCAAAACUUCACACUGCAAGACUCUAUACCUAAUUCUCUCCAUAGCUGCCAUCGUAAGCUCAUCUGCGGCAGUACUUGUCGUCGCUACCCAUCUUCUAAAACCCAUCUCCUCCGAUCCCCUCCUACACCUUCCCAUCUGCGAUCAAGCUGACAACCGGGAAUCAUGCUUAGCCAUGGUCUCAGAAGUGGUCCGGGAUACAAACACGAUCAGGCAAAUGGACGGUGUCCAUCAGCUGCAGGUGUUCUUGAAAAGAUCCACAUCCGAAAUACAGAAAGCAAUGAAGACGGCCAAAGAUGUCAACCAUAGAAUCAACGAUCCUAAAGUAGUGGCGGGUUUGCUUGAUUGUGUGCAGCUGAUGGACUUGUCUAGGGACAGGAUCUUGGACAGCAUAGUUGGUCUAGAAAACAUUACUAGCCGUUCCCUUGAAGAUGCCCAUUCAUGGCUAAGUAGUGUGCUCACCAACCAUGUCACGUGCUUGGAUGGACUACACGGGUCAGCCCGGACCACGAUGGAGCCUGGGCUCGAGGACCUGAUAUCAAGAGCCAGAACCUCCCUAGCCAUGCUUGUUGCCGUUUCUUCACCUUUUAAAACCAAAGAGAAUAUUGAGCCAUUGAACGGGAAAUUCCCGUCGUGGGUCACGAGCAGGGACCGGAGGCUUUUGCAAGCUUUGGCCAAGGAAAUCAAAGCUAAUGUUGUGGUGGCCAAGGAUGGGAGUGGGAACUACAAGACUGUGAAAGAAGCUGUGGCGUCGGCACCAAAUAAUGGAAAAACUAGGUACGUUAUUUAUGUGAAGAAGGGGAAAUAUAAAGAGAAUGUUGAGGUAGGGAAGAGUAAAAAGAACGUCAUGAUCGUUGGUGAUGGCAUGGAUUCGACCAUUAUCACCGGUAGCUUGAAUGUUGUUGACGGAUCCACUACUUUCAAAUCUGCUACUCUAGCUGCUGUUGGUGAUGGAUUCAUAGCUCAAGACAUCUGGUUCCAAAACACAGCUGGGCCGAAGAAGCACCAAGCAGUGGCACUCCGCGUCGGGGCCGACCAAUCCGUCAUAAACCGCUGCCGCAUUGAUGCCUACCAGGACACUCUUUAUGCCCACUCCAACCGGCAAUUCUACCGAGACUCCUACAUCACUGGAACAGUGGAUUUCAUCUUCGGCAACGCGGCUGUCGUGUUACAAAACUGUACAAUAGUAGCCCGAAAGCCCAUGAGUGGACAGACCAACAUGGUCACGGCCCAAGGCCGAACUGACCCAAACCAAGCCACAGGGACUUCUAUCCAAAACUGUGACAUAAUAGCAAGCCCUGAUCUUGAGCCCGUAAAGGGCUCAAUCAGAUCAUUUUUGGGCCGUCCUUGGAAGGAGUAUUCAAGAACCGUUGUCAUGCAGUCUUACAUAGGUGACCAUAUUGAUCCGGCCGGGUGGUCUGUGUGGAGCGGGGAUUUUGCCUUAAAAACAUUGUAUUAUGGGGAGUAUAUGAACAAGGGACCAGGUGCCGGCACGAGCGAGAGAGUGAAAUGGCCUGGUUAUCAUGCCAUUACUAAAGCAGAGGAAGCCAAAAAAUUUACAGUUGCUGAGCUGAUACAAGGAGGGUAUUGGUUGAAGUCCACUGGAGUGGCUUACACAGAAGGGUUGUGAAUAUAUAUGGCUCACACUUCUGAGUUUUCUCUCUAGCUAGCUUGUUUCAAUAAGUGAAGCUUGUGGCUUUUGCUUAGGCUUCGUUUGAACACUACUAUGUUAAUUAGUGAUUAUGGUGUGGCUUUAUCUAAUAGAAGCAGUAAACGAAACAACAACCUUAUCUGAUGAAGAAGACAUAAUGGAGAGGAGCCUAUUAAAAAUUGAUAGCUAGUUGGUUUA